AUACAGUGCGUCAAUUGAGAUUUCAAAGAGAAAUAUCAUUUUUUGCCGGGGGGCCUGAGAUGGUUUGCUACAAGUCAUCCUAUCAAAUUUAGAAGGAAUGGUCACACGAAUGAUAUAUAACGGCGUUAAUUGAAAAUUUCAUCGAAGUCUUAUAUAUAUAUUUACACACAUCAACCAAUAUAACAGAGGGUACAUUGUCUUUUAAUAUGUUCAAUUUCUUCCUAUUUAUCUUUUUAGGCGUCUUUCUUUUUCUUUUUUCAUGAGCAAUUCCAUCUCUCUCUAUGAUGCUCAUGCUACGAGGAAGAUUCUAGAGAAGGGCAUUUAGAUCCGUUGAGAAAUAGGUUGGGAAAAUGAAGAUAAUGGAAGGGGAAGAAAGAAGCCAUUAUCAAAAAAAGAAAAGAAAAGAAAGAAGCCAACAUGGAUGAAUUUUCUUGAACACCUCCACGGAAUUUUUCCUCUUUGAACUCAAUGCUUUAGAAAUAAAGUGAAAAGCAGGUAGGCAGAAUGUGGACAUGGAGUAAUAUUUAUUUUGGUCAAUCCUACCAAUACGCAGCAAAUAAUUUGGAUGGAAGUAUUACCUAUUCUUAGCAGUAUUAUUGACAUUCAAUAGUCAAUAUUUAAUUGUAAUUUUUUUAUAGCUAAAAUGGAGGAACUUAAUUUUCAAGACAAAGAGAGAUUAAAGGAACAGAAGACUGGGUCAAAUAGUUUUUCAACCGCAUUUAACUUAAGUGAAAAAUAACAACCUCAAAAACUAUUACGGCCGACAAGGAGGCUUUAUCAAAUUCCCAAAAAAUAACAUAAUCUUUUUCCUUUAUAAAUGAGAUCCAUUUUCUUUGAACCUAGUCCUCUGAAUCAAAUCUCCAUCUAAACAAAAAAAGAAAAGAAAAGAAAAGGAGCAAGCAGUACCAAUGGCAAAGUCUAUUAUUAUCCAGGCGUCUGCCCUUUGCUUCUUGUCCCUCCUUGGUUUCGCUUACUGCGAAGACCGCUUCUUUGUGGAGGGCAAGGUUUACUGUGACACCUGCCGUAUCCAGUUUGUAACAAGGAUCAGUACGUACAUGAAAGAUGCAAGAGUACGCAUAGAGUGCAGGGACCGUGAAGGCGGCAGCGUAAUAUACAGCAAUGAGGCUGUGACUGACGCGUCGGGAAGCUACCAACUUCUGGUGGACGGAAAUCAUGAAGAAGAGAUUUGUGAAGUAGCCCUGGUUAAGAGCUCUGAUCCUAACUGCAACGAGUUGAGCAAGGAUCCUUUCCUCAAGAGGAGUGCUAGGGUCAGCCUCACAGUCAACAAUGGCAUUUCAAGCCCGGUACGCCUUCCCAAUCCUCUUGGUUUCUUGAGGAAGGAACGUCUUCCCCAGUGCGAUGCAGUCCUUAAAGAAAUUGAGCUCGUCCCUGCUGAUAUCCAACAAUAGAAAUCCCUUUAAUUUGUUACUGAAUAAUUUUUUUUUUUUAAAGAAGUACUGUGAGAAUGUUAUGUAUGUACUAAUAGUCAUAGGUAUUGUGAGUAAUUCUUAUAUAUAGGGUUUGUUUGGGAUAUAAUACCAUCAAUGGCCAAAUUGCGCUCAACGAUUUCUUCUAUGUUACUAAAGGCGCGUUUGAUAGACUGUAAUAGUGAUUACAUGAGA